AUGGGCUGGUGGCCAUUCGGAGGUGGCCAGGCGGCCGACCCAGUUGACAAGCUCGACCCCAAGCUCCGCGAAUUCCUCGAAAAGGAGUCACCCGUCAAAUAUCAGCAAAAAACCGACAAGCCUGAAGAACGAUCCAGCCCUGCAGCGACGACAGCCCAGGCACCCGAAGAGAACAAGCCGCUGGUGCCAGAGGCCAGUCUAUACCAAGACGGCCGCUAUGCGCAUCUCUGGAAGAACUACAAGCCGCAGAAGCAGAUCGAGGCGGAGUCUGCGACCGACCACGAGAGGCUCGUAGGUGUCUUGGAAGGCUACCAGGAGCGCAAGUCAGCCAUCACACGGGUUGCUAUGGAAAACUGCGCAGAGUUUCAGGAGGGCUGGAUCAACUGCUUUAAGCAUGGCGAAUGGAAGGACCAGGUGCAGAUGUGCAGGCACCAAGUACGGAAGUUUGAACAGUGCUACACGAUGCAGUCGAGGUUUCUCCGAGCCCUUGGAUAUGGGUCAGUGCCAGGCCGAUCUGCCCAGGUAGAGGAGGACAUUCAGAUGCACGCCGAUGCGCUAUACCAACGCGUAUUGGAGCACGAGAAGGCCGUGGAGCAGGCUAGGAUUGACGGCACACCCAUUCCGAAAUUUGACCCCGUCAUUCCCAAAGUAGUUACCAAGACCACCGUCCAGCCAUCGGAGGAGGUCCAGCAGCAAUGGCGGGAGCAGCUGGAGAAACUACCCGAGGAAGAACGGGCGGUGGAGGAGGCCGCCCUCAGGGUCGACUUGCAGGCCAAGUCGGAGGUUGCCCGCGACAUGAGGCAAAUCUUAGAGUCCAAGAAGAAGGACCAAAAGGAGACCAGGGUUUCGGAUGGCCAAGGGACCAUCGCCAACACCGUGACUUCUUGGCUUACAGGCGGGAAAUAA